UUGAUUUUCACAAAAAUUUUGGUUUGAUUUUUGCUGUUCUUCAAAGCAGCCGCUGGAGAACAGCACAUGUUUUGCACAAAUGGAUGAAGAAUAUUAUCCACCCUAUUCAGAUGGUAAUUAUUCAUAUGCAUACUCUUCUAAUGAAAGCAAUGUCUGUGAAAUGGGCAACUAUUUUGUAUUUCACACCCAUCUCACUACCGUCCUCUAUACUCUGGCAUUUUUGCUCAGCCUGCUAGGAAACACUCUGGUGUUAUGGAUCCUAUUCAAAUAUGAAAACCUUACAUCUUUAACGAACGUCUCCAUCAUGAAUCUCUGUGUCUCUGACUUAGUCUUCUCCUGCAUGCUGCCUUUCUGGGCAGUGGACCAGUCCUUUGGGUGGAUUUUUGGUGAGUUCCUUUGCAAAGCAGUGAAUGCUGUUUUCUCCAUCGGCUACUACAGCGGUGUUUUCUUUUUGACUAUCACGACUAUCCUGCGGUACUUGUUCGUAGUGAACCCUCUUUCCACUUGGAGAUCCCAGACGGAAUGGUGUGGUUUUCUGAUGAGCUUGGCUGUUUGGACUGGUAGCAUAUUAAUUGUGGUUCCUGAGGUGAUUCACACGACAGUGCAAGAAACUUUGGAAGGGUACAAGAUCUGUGAUUAUGCUGACUUGAAAUGGAAAAAGGUGGACAUUUAUCAGAGAAAUGUACUCUUCCUGCUUUCCUUUGGGGUUAUUGGAUUCUGUUACUUCAAGAUACUGAUAAUCCUGCUCAGAGCAAGAUCUCACAGAAAGCACAGAACUGUGAAACUCAUCCUUAUUAUUGUGGUGGCGUUUUUCCUGAGCUGGGCACCUUACAACAUCCUCAGCUUUCUGAUUACUUUUCCACCACCUACCUGUCAGUAUCAAAAAGACUCCAACCUCGCUUUUCACAUCAGCCGUAAAAUUGCUUUCUCCCACUGCUGCCUCAACCCUGUGCUCUACGUAUUUGUUGGAGUCAAGUUCAAGAGGCAUUUGUUACGUUUAAGCAGUCAGUGUUUACCCUGUGGCAAUGGUCAAGCCUCCAGCCCCAGAAUCUGCUCUCAAGACAAAUUCCACUAUGAAGAUGCGUCCAUCUACUGAAGCAAGACCUAACUAUUAGCACGAAUCCUGGAUGAACUUGCAGGUUUUAAAAGCCCUGGAUAACCUCUAAUUCUUGCAGGCACUUCCCUGAGAAAGACACACAAAUUUACUCUUUGCAAACAUGCUGUGUAUGGAAAAUAAUAAUAGUUAAAAAAAAGUAUUUACAGUAGGCUGGAGAACUGAGGAUGCUGAGAAAUUACUUCAUUGGCCUGUAAGUCGUAUCUUUAUGAUUUUUUGUGCAGUGAGAUGGAAACAGUAAAAAAAAUUUUGCUUUUUCCUUUGGGAGCUAAAACCUCAGGUUUCAACAUAAAUGGUGUUGCAUGUUGCUUUCUUGCCUGACUUAUUGCCUGACAAUAUUUGGAUUGUACAUAGCAAUGGACACAUAUGUAUUUCUGUAGCUUUUGCUUUACAGUGUUUAUCAGUGCUGAUCUCAUUGGUUCUCUUGCGGGCUCUCAGGGUUAACUGGCUUGACAACAGCUACAAGACCUCAGAGUCCCUGAAGUUCUCAGUGCAAAUGUUCUUUUAUCUGUUGGCAGAUAAAUAUCAAUAAAAGUAGCUUAGUGUAAAAGUAUUUUUUUGGGUCUGAAAUGGAAAGUUUAGGAAAGCCCUAGAAGGAACACAAGCUGUUAAGCAGAUACCUCACUAGGAUAUUAAUUUUCCUCCUGCUACUGCUCCUGCCAUAGGCACCUUCCAGUCUCUGAAUAUCCCUUCAGGCCGUAGCAGUGGCUCAGCAGCCCAUCUCCCGAGCAGCACAGGAGCAUAUUUGCCUCUAAAUGCUCUCUCCUUCCUUUCCUCCCUUUGCCAUGGUGCUGAGAAGAAUUAAACUUUCAAAAAAAGGUUAUAGAGCAAGAACAAAUGGCUUUUGUAAUAGCAGGAUAGAAACAGUUUGCUUUAUUUGUAAUGUUUGGGCUAUUUUAUUUUUUUUUAGAAAGCCAGAGCAGCAGGUUUUAGCCUAUAUACUUGGAUGCUUGCUGCUUCACAACUUUUUUAAAACGGCUUCACAGAGAUGUUUAAAUCUCUACUUAAAACCUGAUCAUCAAAGCCAGCCAUGUGUUUGUUUUUGACGUGCUUCACGUCUGUCUAAAUACCAGAUAUGCUUGUAUCUCUGAGGCUUGCGAGCAUCUGGUCUAACCAGCUGCCUGGCCACACGCAAGUCUUUCAUUUCAUGCAUCCAUCUCAUCUCCAUGGGCAGGUGGGAAGUAAAGUGGAAAUAAUUGCGUGAAGCUAGCUUUGGAAAUGUUGCUAAGGGGGCUAGUUGUGUUAAGUGCAGGAGUGUUUUUACAUGACCACUAAAACACGAUUUCCCAGCUAAAAGCAAGUUGAGGGAAUUCAAUUCAAUAGCACACAUUUUUGCAACAAAACCAUUCACAUUCUGAUCACACUGAUCAAACCUUGUGGCUUGUUUUCUUACAGAAACGGAUAUUCUUCUUCAUGAUAGCUCAGUGGGUUGUUUUUUUUUCCCUCAGGCAGUGUAACAUGGAGUGCGUACUCCAGUGUAGCUGAAUGACAAAGCAUCUGGAAAGCAGAAUAUUUCAUUUCCUAGCAUUGGUAUAGAAAACCAAGGUAGCUUUGCAGUGGCACCAAGCAAUGGUUUGGCAAUGGUUCUAAGCAACAAUUUGGCUUUUUGGACAGCCAUCUUAAAAUGCCUCUGUGUGUUUCCGCACUAAUUCAUUUGAUCUCUAAAGAUCAUCUGGAGCAGACAACAGAUUCUUCUCAGCUGCUGUAUAGUUUAUAAAAA